GCCGCGCCCCAGGCCCGCGCCUCCUCGACUCCCGCGGGCUCCCCAGCCUCCAACCCCGGCGGCGCGCCGGGCAGCGCUCGGGUGACGGCGGCCGCGGCCAGGGUGGCAGCCAAGGCGGCGGCGGCGGCGGCAGCGGCCGCUGCAGCCCCACACUCAGCCGCCAAGCUGGAGGAGCGACGGAAGCCGGACCCCAGGAGGAUGGAGGAUGAAGCUGUUCUGGACAGAGGGGCUUCCUUCCUCAAACAUGUGUGUGAUGAAGAAGAAGUAGAAGGCCACCACACCAUCUACAUUGGGGUCCACGUGCCGAAGAGCUACCGGAGAAGGAGACGCCACAAGAGAAAGACAGGACACAAGGAGAAGAAGGAAAAGGAGAGGAUCUCAGAGAACUACUCCGACAAGUCAGAUGUGGAAAAUGCUGACGAGUCCAGUAGCAGCAUACUGAAGCCUCUCAUCUCUCCCGCCGCAGAACGCGUCCGAUUCAUCUUGGGGGAGGAGGAUGACAGCCCAGCACCCCCUCAACUCUUCACCGAACUGGAUGAGUUGCUGGCCGUGGAUGGGCAGGAGAUGGAGUGGAAGGAGACGGCGAGGUGGAUCAAGUUUGAAGAAAAAGUGGAGCAGGGUGGGGAGAGGUGGAGCAAGCCCCACGUGGCCACAUUGUCCCUGCACAGCCUGUUUGAGCUGAGGACAUGCAUGGAGAAAGGGUCCAUCAUGCUGGACCGGGAGGCCACGUCUCUCCCACAGCUUGUGGAGAUGAUUGUUGACCAUCAGAUAGAGACAGGCCUGCUGAAGGCUGACCUGAAGGACAAGGUGACCUAUACUCUGCUGCGGAAGCAUCGGCAUCAGACCAAGAAAUCCAACCUGCGCUCACUGGCCGACAUCGGGAAGACAGUCUCCAGUGCCAGUAGGAUGUUUACGAACCCCGAUAACGCCCGCAGCCCGCUUGAGAGCUCAGUGCCCUGCCUAACAACCCGAAACUCGGACGAUGACCCCUGUGUGCGCCGCACUCCCAGCGCAGGAUGGCUAAGUAGUCCAGCCAUGACUCACAGGAAUCUGACCUCCUCCAGCUUGAAUGACAUUUCUGACAAACCAGAAAAGGACCAGCUGAAAAAUAAGUUCAUGAAAAAACUGCCACGUGAUGCAGAAGCUUCCAACGUGCUUGUUGGGGAGGUUGACUUCUUGGAUACGCCCUUCAUUGCCUUUGUUCGACUACAGCAGGCUGUCAUGCUGGGCGCCCUGACUGAGGUCCCUGUGCCCACAAGGUUCUUGUUCAUCCUCUUAGGUCCGAAGGGGAAAGCCAAGUCCUACCACGAGAUUGGCAGAGCCAUUGCUACCUUGAUGUCUGACGAGGUAUUCCACGACAUUGCCUACAAAGCAAAAGAUAGGCAUGACUUGAUUGCUGGCAUCGACGAGUUCCUGGAUGAAGUCAUUGUCCUGCCACCUGGAGAGUGGGACCCGGCCAUCAGGAUAGAACCUCCCAAGAGUCUCCCGUCCUCUGACAAAAGAAAGAAUAUGUACUCAGGUGGCGAGAACAUUCAGAUGAAUGGGGACACGCCCCACGACGGAGGCCAUGGAGGAGGAGGCCACGCGGACUGUGAGGAACUGCAGCGAACUGGACGGUUCUGCGGUGGACUCAUUAAGGACCUCAAGAGGAAAGCACCAUUUUUUGCCAGUGAUUUUUAUGAUGCUUUAAACAUUCAGGCGCUUUCAGCAAUUCUCUUUAUUUAUCUGGCGACCGUCACGAAUGCUAUCACUUUCGGAGGCCUGCUUGGGGAUGCCACCGACAACAUGCAGGGCGUGCUGGAGAGUUUCCUGGGUACCGCAGUCUCAGGAGCCAUCUUUUGCCUUUUUGCUGGUCAACCACUCACCAUUUUGAGCAGCACAGGACCUGUCCUUGUUUUCGAGAGGCUUCUGUUUAAUUUCAGCAAGGACAAUGAUUUUGACUACUUGGAGUUUCGCCUUUGGAUUGGCCUGUGGUCAGCCUUCCUGUGUCUAAUUUUGGUAGCCACCGAUGCCAGCUUCUUGGUUCAAUACUUUACCCGUUUCACCGAAGAGGGAUUCUCAUCUCUGAUCAGCUUCAUCUUUAUCUACGAUGCUUUCAAGAAGAUGAUCAAGUUGGCCGAUUAUUACCCCAUCAACUCUGACUUCAAAGUGGGCUACAACACCAUCUUUUCCUGUGUCUGCAUCCCACCAGGUCCAGCUAAUAUCUCAAUAGCGAAUGACACAACGCUAGUCCCAGAGGAAUUGCCAACUGUUUAUCCUGCUGAAAUGCACCACAAUACUAGCUUUGACUGGGGACUUUUGUCGAAGAAGGAGUGUUUGAAAUACGGAGGACAGCUGGUGGGGAACAAUUGUAAUUUUGUUCCUGAUGUGACCCUCAUGUCUUUCAUCCUCUUCCUGGGCACCUACACCUGUUCGAUGGCUCUGAAAAAAUUCAAGACCAGUCGUUAUUUUCCAACCACAGCAAGGAAAUUGAUCAGCGAUUUUGCCAUUAUCUUGUCCAUUCUCAUCUUCUGUGUAAUAGAUGCCCUAGUAGGUGUGGAUACUCCAAAAUUAAUUGUGCCAAGCGAGUUCAAGCCAACAAGUCCACACCGAGGUUGGUUUGUCCCGCCGUUUGGAGGAAACCCCUGGUGGGUGUACCUAGCUGCCGCCAUCCCUGCUCUGCUGGUUACCAUUUUGAUUUUCAUGGACCAGCAGAUCACAGCUGUGAUUGUAAACAGGAAAGAACAUAAACUCAAGAAAGGAGCUGGGUAUCACCUGGAUCUCUUUUGGGUGGCUGUCCUCAUGGUGGUGUGCUCCUUCAUGGGUCUCCCGUGGUACGUGGCUGCCACCGUCAUCUCGAUUGCUCACAUCGACAGCUUGAAAAUGGAGACGGAGACUUCUGCACCUGGAGAACAACCCAAGUUUCUAGGAGUGAGGGAACAAAGAGUGACUGGAACACUGGUGUUUAUCCUGACUGGUCUGUCAGUGUUUAUGGCUCCCAUCUUGAAGUUUAUCCCCAUGCCUGUACUCUAUGGUGUGUUCCUGUACAUGGGGGUGGCAUCGCUUAAUGGUGUGCAGUUCAUGGAUCGUCUGAAGCUGCUUUUGAUGCCCCUGAAACAUCAGCCUGACUUUAUCUACCUGCGUCACGUGCCCCUGCGCAGAGUCCACCUGUUCACCUUCCUGCAGGUGUUGUGUCUGGCCCUGCUCUGGAUCCUCAAGUCGACUGUUGCUGCUAUCAUUUUCCCUGUCAUGAUCUUGGCCCUUGUAGCUGUCAGAAAAGGCAUGGACUACCUCUUCUCCCAGCAUGAUCUCAGCUUCCUUGAUGAUGUCAUUCCAGAAAAGGACAAGAAAAAGAAGGAGGAUGAGAAGAAAAAGAAAAAGAAGAAGGGGAGUCUGGACAGCGACAAUGAUGAUUCUGACUGCCCAUACUCAGAAAAGGUUCCAAGUAUUAAAAUUCCAAUGGACAUCAUGGAACAGCAGCCUUUCCUAAGUGAGAGCAAACCUUCCGACAGAGAAAGAUCAUCAACAUUCCUCGAGCGCCACACAUCAUGCUGAUAAAAUUUCUUUCCUUCAGUCAUUGGGUUUGCCAAGUCCUCCUCGAACUCCAGUAAAAGCUGUGCCUCAAAUUAGAAUAGAACUUGAGCCUGAAGACAAUGAUUCUUUCUGGAGGAGCAAGGGAACAGAAACUACGUUGUAACCUGUUUUUUGUCUUUCU